UAAAAUUAGAUCGAAACAAAUAUUGUUAAAUAAUCUUUUAAAAAGAAAACUUUAAAAAAAAUGAAAAAAUUGCAUAUUGAAAAAUUGAAUUUGAAAAAAGAUAAAAAGGAAUACGCAGCAACAUAAGGCGCUACUAUCGUUCGUAUUAAUAUAUUUCUUUUCAUCUGAAACUUCCGCUUCCGAAAACUUAAGACUAAAUCACCGAAUUAUACGGAAGAAUGGCAAAGUCUAAAAAUCAUACUAAUCAUAAUCAAAGUGAGUAUGAAUAAAAAAUUUAUUAUAUUUAAAUAUGUAGGAACAAGAAAAUUAUUUACUUUUAAAUAAGUUCUAUUAUAUGAAAAAAUAUAUAUAUAUAUAUAUAAUUAACAAAAUUAAUUUUAUCUUAUAUUACUCUUAAAUUAUAAAAUACAAAGCAAUUAAUUAAUUAUUUUUAAUUAAUAAUUUAUAGAUCGUAAAGCUCACCGUAAUGGUAUUAAAAAACCAAAACGUUAUAGGCAUGAAUCUACACUUGGUGUAAGUUUAAAUUAUUUAAAUAAUUUUUUAAUAAUUUUAUUAUCUAUAAUAUAUAAAUGAAUAGAACUUAUAAUAUUGCUAUUAUAUAUUUUUUUAACAUUAUUUAUACAAAUGAAUAUAUCUUUAUUAUGUUUAUAUUUCUAUAUCUUAUUAUUUUAAUAUUUUUUUAGAUGGAUCUCAAAUUCUUAAGAAAUCAACGUUUUGCCAAAAAGCAUAAUCUAAAACCCAAAGAACAAUUAAAAAGGGCAGAGAAACGUAAAGCUCUUCGUGAAGCUAAAAAAUAAUUUUUUUUUUUAAUAUCAAUGAUUUUAUUGUAAUAAAAAUUUAAAAAAUGAAUAUCAUUAAAAUUAAACUGACUAUUCACGAAAAUUGCAUUAGAGAUAUAACUGUUAAAAUAAAAUAUUUUUUUGAAUGUUUUUAUGUAGCAAAGUAAAGAGAUAAAUAUUAGUGAAGCAAUUUUAAUGUAAGAUUUCAUAAAUAAAACAAUUAUGUUUCUUAUAUCUCUAACAUAAUAUUUCAUGAAUAGAAAGCCUUAAUUUUGUUUAUUACCUUUUAUAAUUAAUUUUGUGCUUUUUUUUUAUUAAAGAUAUUAGUUUACUAAUUUUUAUUUUAUUAUUCAUAAUUAUGUUAUUAUUAUAAAAAACUAGAACAUAAAAAAUAAGUAUGAGAAUUAUUAUUUAUUUAUUAUAUAUUUUGAUUUAACAAUAUUUAAAUCGUUAUAAUUAUAUAUUAUAAUUCCCAAUUCAUACCAUUUUUAUUGUUUUAUAUAAAUAUGUUUCUAAAUUAAGAUAUCAAAAAUAUUAAUUAAUUUCUAUAUUUUCUAAUGUUUUCUAAUGUUUAAUCUAUAAAAUAAAACUGAUACUUAAUAGUUUUGCAUUUAAAAAAUUGUUGAAAUAUAUAUUUUAUAUAUAUAUAUAUAUUAUAAUGUAUAUUUGUAUAUUAUAAUGUAUAUUAUAAUAUAUAAUAUUAUAAUGUAUAUUAUAUAUUACAAUGUAUAUUUUUGAAUCAGUAAAUAAUAUUUUUUUAAAACAUAUUAGCCUUAAUAAUUAUAAUUAGGAAUACAUAUAAAAUAUAUAAAUUAUAAUCAUAAUAGAGUUAAAAAGAUAAAAAUACAAUAUAAUUAAAAAUAAAAUGAUGUAAAAACGUAAAAAUGUAAAAAAAAACAUACAGAAUUCCUCAUAUAACUCCAGUGACUAUAUGAGUCAUGCCUAAAUGUAUUUCAUUGUGUUACAAUAUAAUACUAAAAAAUAAAAUGCUAUUCAUUUUAUACUAUUUGGCAUUAUUGAAGUAACAAUAUCAAAUUAUUGAAAUUUUACUCUAUAACAUCAUAAAUAUUAAUAAUUUAAAAAUAGAAUUUAAAUGAAUAAUUAUACGAUGUUAUUUUAAAUAAUGUUUAAAUAAUUUUUAAAUAAUUGUAGUGAUAAUACAAAAUGGCGAGUAGUCAACAUAUCGAUAAUAGUGCAAUAAACUUUAAAAAUUCUUCAAAACCAAAAAUAAUUUUAUUAUUUAGCGGUAAAAGAAAAUGUGGAAAAGAUUAUAUUACAAACAAUUUAUAUGAAAGAAUUGGAUCUGAUAACAGUGUAAUUAUAAAAAUAUCUGCACCAAUUAAGUCUCAUUGGGCUAAAUCUCAUGGUUUAAAUAUUGAUCAACUAAUGGGAGAUGGAAAGUAUAAAGAAAACUAUCGUCUUGAAAUGGCAAAGUGGGGAGAAAAUAUUAGAAAUACAGAUCAAGGUUAUUUUUGUCGUGCGGCUCUAGAUAUAUAUAACGCAUACGAUAAAUCGAUAUGGAUAGUAAGCGAUAUACGAAGAAAAACUGACAUACAGUGGUUUACAGAAAAUUUUAAAGAUAUAUGUAAAACAAUUCGUAUUGAAUCGGAUGAUUCAAUUAGAAUUGAGCGUGGUUGGACAUUUGUAACAGGUAUUGAUGAUGCAGAAACUGAAUGUGAUUUAGAUGAUGUAAAUACAUGGGAUUUGAAAGUGACAAAUAAUACUAAAAGUAUAGAAUGUAUAUUGCAACAGAUUUUAGAAUUAAUCAAUUAAUAUUUAUAGACAAAAGUACAGAAAAUAAAAUAUUUUUUUUUAAAUUGCAUUGAAAUAAUUUAAAUUUUUUUGAGUUAGAAAAAUUAAUUUAUCAUGUAACAUAAAUUUUUUUGAAAAAAAUUGAAAUUGAUAAAAAUUGAAGAAAAUAAAAAUAACUUUUUUAUCUAAACUUAAUGAAAAUUGAAAAAUUAUAUUGUAGAUUUAUUACAAAAGUCUCAAAAGACUACAAUUUUUAUAAUUUUUAAUUGUUUAUACCUCAUAAUAAUGAUAAAUUACAAUGAAAUAUUCAAUAUAAUUUAUAUAAAUCUACAAAAUAUAUUUUUUUAAUUUUCAUUUGUUUAUUUAUUGUUGUUUUAAAUGAUAAACUUAUAUUUUUAUCUAUAUUAUCUAUAUAUACAAAUUAAUAUUAUAUGGAAACAUCUAUAAAUAUUAUUGUUAUAUAUAUAUAUAUUGUAUGUUUUUUAUGUAUCUCAGCAAAUAAAUUGUAAUACGAAA